AUGGCUACCAAGAUAUUUGCCCUCCUUGCGCUCCUUGCUCUUUCAAUGAGCGCUGCAACCGCGGUCAUUAUUCCACAGUGCUCACUUGCUCCUAAUGCUGUUAUUCCACAGUUCCUCCCACUAUUGCUUCCAUUCAACCAACUGGCUGUGGCGAACACCGCUGCAUACGUGCAACAAUUGCAACUAGUGUUAGUAAACCCACUGGCAGUUGCUAACCCAUUGGCUGCCGCCUUCUUGCAACAACAACAAUUGUUGCCAUUCAACCAGAUAUCUUUGAUAAACCCUGCCUUGUCAUGGCAGCAACCCAUCGUUGGAGGUGCCAUCUUCUAG